AUGGAUCCUUCUUUGGAUAAGGCGUUGCUUGGUAUGACUUUAGAAGAGGGUGAAGAGCCGUUCGUUAUUCCGGAUUUGCCGGAGUAUUACUCUAUAGAGCGGAACGCUGUAAGUUUGGUGGGGAGAUUGCUUAACCCCCAGUGUCAAAAUAUUUCGGAGGUUAUUCUGGAGAUGCCUAGGAAGUGGAGGCUUUAUGAUAGGGUUAGAGGUGUGGCCCUUUCUAGAGACAGGUUCCAGUUUAUCUUCAAGCAUGAGCAUGACUUGUUAGAUGUUUUGAACAAAGGUGUUCACACUAGUAAUCAGUGGACACUAGCAAUGGAAAGGUGGGUGGAGAUACCACCUCCGGACUAUUUGCAGUUUAUUGAGGUUUGGGUUCAGAUGCGUAAUAUUCCAGUGAACCAUUAUACGAAGGCGGCUUUAACGUCGCUAAGAGAUUUUGCUGGCCAAGUCAUUGAAGUAGAGUUUGAUCCAGAUAAACCUCAACUCAAAGACUAUAUAAGAGUCAAGGUUAAGUUUAAUCUUUCUAAACCUCUUAGGCGCUUCAAAACAGUUACUGUUCCUGGAGGAGAGGUGGUGAAAAUUUUGUAUGAUUAUGAGAGACUGCAAAAAAGAUGUUACUCUUGUCAAAGGCUAACUCAUGAACAGUCCCAAUGUCCUUUCUUUCAAGCGGCUUAUGCGCAUGCGGAGGUGAAAGGAAAAGCUAUAGAGAAUUUUCAAAGUCAGCUUGCGGAGAGAGUAAUUAAAGAGGAUGAUCCCCUUUUUGGAGUGGUGCUUGAUUCCCAAGUUGGGAUCAACCCUUUAAAUGGACGUCCAAAAAUUGCGGAUGAAGUGCUAGAAGGAAUGAGGCAUUAUUUGUUGGAAGCUGAAGGGGCUGAGAAAUUGGCGAGAAAAGAAAGAAUCAAAUGGUCCUUAAAGGAGAUAGAGCAUGAUCCCAUUGCUCAGAAGACAAUGUUAAGAUUGGAGCCUCCUCCUACCUUCACAGCUGAUCUGAACAAAGGCAAGGGUUUUGUUUUUGAUUUCCAGAAGCAAAAUGAAAAUCUCAGAAGUAUGAACUCUCCUGGAGGAAGCAAACUGAUGGCCUCUGCCUUUAGAGUAGGAAAUGCGUUAUCUAUGGAGCCAAGACUUUUGGGUUUAGCUUCUGAAGACGUUGCUUUUUCGGAGUCGGGAGGAGUGCUAUGCCAAGAAGGAGGCCGGGCUCUUUUGUAA